AUGGCCGUAGCCUUGGCCACUGUUGGCGACGCCGGAAGCCUAUCUCUUGAUCUGCUUAAAGAAGCUGGGGUUAGCACUUCUAAAGUGAAAUCUGAGGUUCAGAAGUUUCGAAGGAAAGAAGGUAAGAAGGUGGAAAGUGCUUCUGGGAACACUCUUGAUCCUGUCAUUAGCCGAGACGAAGAGAUUCGGAAGGUCAUCAUGAUUCUUCCAAGGGAGACUAAGAACGACCCUGUUCUUAUUGAAGAACCAGGUGUGGGUAAGACUGCUGUUGUUGAAAGAUUAGCUCAGAAAAUUGUAAAAGGGGGUGUUCCCAGUAAUCUCGCUGAAGUAAGACCUAUGGCAUUGGAUAUGGGUGCUUUGGUUGCUGGGGCAAAAUAUAGGGGAGAGGUACGUUCAUGGCCUUGA